GUGCACCGCCUUUGACCGCCCGAAUGUCCGCCCCAGAGGUCGGCCUGGCUGGAAGCAGGUCGUAACCGCAGCCUGGCUCAAGCUCCACCUCGAGCCGCGCCCAGCCCCGGAAGUGGGCCGCGGCAGGCGGCCCAGGGCGGGCGGAGUCGGCCCUCGUGGAGGCGACCAGGGCCGCCGCGCUGGGGCGAUCGGCUGGGGCCGCGACUCGAAGCCGCGGGCCGUGCGGCGGCUGCCCGUAGGGCCCGCACCUCAACCCUCUCGGUGGUCCUCAGGUGUGCCCCCCAGGCCGAGCCUCGGAGCUGCCGGCGGCGGCGAGUCCCUCGCGGGAUGCCGAGCGACCUCCUGCAGUGCCCCGUUUGCUUGGAGCAGUUCCAGGAGCCCCAAGUUCUGCCUGGGUGUGGCCACACCUUUUGCGCCGCCUGCGUCCGGCAGGUCUGCGAGGCCGCGGCCGCGUCGGGCUCCACGGCGUCGUGCCCGACGUGCCGGCAGGCCUUCGUGCCAGGCGAGGUGCGGGCGAACUUUGUCCUCGCCGACGUGCUCCGGGAGCACGCCGAGGUGGGCAGCGGCGCUGGCAGUCCCAUUCCAAGAAGAACAAACGACAUACACUUGUUUUUUCAGAUCUCCGCGCGGAUUUCUUGGAUCGGCGCGGGCACCCCUCCUGGCGGCACCUCCGUCGCCGCCCCCAGCGCGCUCUGCAG